AGUUGAAUUGAUUUAUCACAGACGAGUUACAAGAGCGUCUUUCUAGUCUGAACCUAUCUAACGUUCAACAGUUCACAUUUUUUCUGUAUAAUUUGAAACAUACGACUAAGUUAUCUAUCCAUACCUAUAUCUCACUAUUGCUAAUUGUAAUAAUACUUUUUUGAGAAGCUAUGAAGUUAUCUGUGAUUAUAAUCACUUGUAUUCUAUCGUUCAACUAUGGAGAAUGUCGCCCCAAAACAGGGCCAACCAUCAUAGCAUUACCAUUCAACGCUGUAGAUGACGCUAAUGCAAUAAUAUCAGCGAUGGAGAAAUCAUCGUCAGACAAUAAGGAUAAAAUCGUCGAUAUUCUUAUGAGCAAAACAAUCGCACAGCGAUUGGAGAUAGGAGCAGAAUAUGAAAAAAUCAAGAAUAUGGAUUUCAAAAAAGAAAUUGAAAAGUAUUUUAAUGGAAAAUUGGACAGUGACAAAAAUAUGUUGGAAAUUUUAAAGACUACUACUGAAUUCUUGGCCAGCAGGUUACAUCAUUCUCUGACGAAAUGUGAUAAUGAAGAUUACAUGUCAAUUAUGAUAACUAGUAGUACCGAAAUGCUGAGAAAUGUUUGUGCUACUUAUCAAAAAGAAUAUAACCAAGAGGUGUCUUCUGACGUUAAUGCUCAUUUGAGUUAUGAUAAUGAAUUGUCCGGAUUCAUUAAUAAAUUGAUUUCAUAUGAUAUUGAUGAGCAACGAUCGGAUCAUGCCAAAGUAGAUGAUGAAUUAACGAAAAAACUUGUGAGUGCAAUGCCAACUAAAACAAUGAAUUUUGCCACGGACCCUUUCAAAACCUUUGCAGAACAAAUAAAUGAAGAUAUAAAGGGAAAAAAUGAUUUUGAAGAUUCUGCAUGUCCAAGGAUUUUAAUUUCUAGGAGUGAGAUAGAUAUGGCUGAUAUCCGAACUGCCUAUGAUGCAGCUUAUGAGAAUGGACUUGAAUGGGCUCUAAGGAAAUAUUACCAUAAAAGAGAACAAAUGAUUUUGACGGCAUUAGCUAAUGGAAACCAGCCUUAGCAAAAACAAAUACAUUUGAAGAUUAAAAAAAUUAUUAAUACUUCUCUUCAAAGAAAAAUGUAACUUUUGAAAAUUCUGUAUUGUACACUAUAAAUAAUUAUAUAAACAUGAAACAAUCA